AGUUGCUUCCUUUAUCAAUUGAAGUAGCCCAACAAUAUAGAUCACUUUUUAAAUAUGUUCGUGUAUUGAUUAUCGAUGAAAUUAGUAUGAUUGGAGCCGAGUUGUUGUCCCAAAUAGAUUCAAGGUUAAAGCAAAUCACCGGUAAUUUUGAAGUCCAUUUUGGUGGAUUAGAUAUAAUUUUGAUUGGUGAUCUACGUCAACUACCGCCAGUUCGUGCUACCCCAAUUUACAAACAAAUAAAACGACAAAUAGCAGGUUUUGCAACAAUAUUAACAAAAAUUGGUAAUGGACAGUUGUUAGAUCAGGAAGAGCUAGAUUUAAUUGAGUCACGGAUUUACUCUGAAGAAGAAGCUGAGAGACUUUGUCCAGACGGUAUACGAUUGUUUUUUAAUAAUCAUUCAGUUGCUGAAUACAACAAUAAAAUUUUGAAUUCUAUAGAAGAAAAAGUGAAUUCAGAGGCAACUGAUAUAUAUAUUGGAUGUAGAAAUGUUGAACAGCAAACUUCUAUGCGUCAAAAAUUACAUAAAAUGUCAACUAUUGAUACAGGAGGUUUGCCAUAUCAAAUUACAUUGGUUUUGAACAAACCAUACAUGAUAACAACUAACAUCGAUGUAUCAGAUGGAUUAGCAAAUGGUGCGACGGGAAAAUUAAUUUUCAUUGAAUAUAAUGACAAAGGAGAGAUAGGUCGUUUAUGGCUAGAAUUUCCAGAAUCUCCAAAAAUCGGAGAAAAAUUGAGAAGAAAGGCAGCGGCAUCAAUUCAAAAAAAUAAUCUUCAUCCACUGGCAGUACCAAUAGAUCGCAGAACAUCAUCUAUACCACUAGUACCUAAUAAAACCGUUAUUGUAAAACGUAAUCAUUUCCCAUUAGUCUCUGCAUGUGCAAUGACGAUUCACAAGUCCCAGGGAGCUACUUUUGGUGAGAUUGUAUAUGAAUAUGAUAAAUCACACGUUCAACAACUCCUGUACGUCGCAUUAUCACGAGUUACAUCAAUAAACGGCUUAUAUCUCGUUUCAAAGAAAUGAUAAAAAAUUUUACCAUGGCCGAAGAGCGUCAGUAUCUACAAUUGAUCUACAACAUGAAUUUCGAAGGCUGAACUUGAAUCGACUUGAGACAAUUACAAAUGUUUUAUAUGAUUUCUUAAAUAAAAGAAAAGGGAUGUCACUGUUUACCUUUAACUGUCAAAGCUUACGAGCUCAUGUACAAGAUCUGCAACAUGACAAUAUAGUGUCAUCGUCAAAUUUUUAAUUCUUUCGGAGACAUGGAUGAAUAAUGAAGAUAUUGUAGACAUUCCAAAUUUUAAUAUUGUUGUUAAUUACAAAAGACCACGUACGAGGGCAGGCGGAGUAGCAAUUUAUCACAACGUAAAUGAUGGAGCCCGUGUUGUUACGCCACAAAUGGAUCUCAAUGCACAACAGCUAGAAUCAUUGUCUGUUCAGCUUUCGAAAGUUGGAGAAAUAUGUGCCUGUGAGAGCAGAAAUGACCAAGGAGAUUUAAUUUUGAUCGUAGCAAUUUACA